AUGGCUUUGUCUAGUAGGUGGAAAAUUUUGAAUAAAGAGUUGGGGAAAUGGAGAUAUGCGUUGGCAAAAGCGAGGGACAACCAUAUAAGUGGGGAAAAUCUUAACAAUGAGGUGGUGAAGAAUUGUUCGAGAUUCAGAAUUAUUCCAACGGGUUUGAUCGUUGUAUUGAACGAGACGCCACUCCAUGACUCAACGUCAUCGGAUUCACCUUUGGAUUCUCCGAUGAGUCAAGACUUACCAAUCCAAAAGGAGCUGAGGCCUAUUGGGAGAAAGACGGCGAAUGUCAAGAGAUGGAGUACAUCCAGCAAUGAUACUGCAAACUAUUUGGAGCAAAUUGCAAGGAACAUCAUCAUGAGAAUUGAAUUAGACAUGAAAAAAGAUGCGGACGAGAAGGCAAUGAAUGAAGAGUAUGCAAGAGAAAGGGAGUAUGUACGCAAGAAAGACAUUGAGAAGAAGGAUCGGGAAACCAUGGCCAUGGAUUCGAGCCAUAUGUCACAUGAAACAAAACAAUUUUGA